AUGUUUCCUACUCCUGCUAUCCCUGUUUAUCUAGCAGUAAACAUUGCCACCAUCACUGCAGAAAUGUUGAAUUUCAUUGCUCAGCAGGCAUGGAAGUGCUCUGUGUCACAGCGAAGUGCACACUUUUAUACAGACUUCCCCAAAAUUAAGACUGUCCUUAAGACUGAACUUGAUAAAACAUUAACUGUUCUCAAGAGUGAAGGCUACAGCUGGGAUGAAAUUCAAGAGUACAAGGAGAUUCUUCUGCUAAAUUCUAAAGACUUGAGAGAUCGACUUGGAGUUUUGCAUGACUUUUUAAUACAGACGCCUACACUCCAUCAAGUAGUUUAUGUCUCAGAGAUCAUGCAUUUGCACUCAAGGACUACAGUUACUCAGUUACUUUGUUUGCAGGUCCUAGACAACAAAACUUUACUUGACUUGGAUCCAGUAAAAGUAACUGAACUACUUGAUAAACAUCCAUAUAUUGGCACGUCAUCAGUAAAGGAUAUUAUUGUGAAUUUUCCCUCUUUCCUCUCAAUACCAAUUACAAACAUUGACAUAUGGAAUAAUAUGCUUAAGAAGUAUGGAGUCACAGCAUUCAAGUUUAAUAAAGAAGCAUUGGUGUUUUUUAAAAGUCAUGCCUUUAAGGAUGUUGAAGAAAGAUUAAAUGUGCUAGUGAGACUUCCAGAAUGGCAGAUCAUUUCCAUGUCUGAAAAGUUAUUUUAUGCUAUCCGAGGCCGUGCAUUUGUCAAGCAUGCAUUGAAUGCUGCAGAGUCUGGAAAACUACCCAGUGUAUCAUCACUUACUCUGGGUGUAGAAAGAAAGACAAGUGUUCGUCAGACCUUAAUUUCUCAGGAGUUGUCAGCCUAUGUGGCGCAAGAGCUGAAUAUCCAACAAGAAGAGGCUAGAGAACUGUUGCACAAAGACUUAAAAACAAAAUUUGGAGUAAAUAACAUAAAGAGGGUGUUGAACCUUCUGUUUGAUUUUGGCUUUACCCGGGAACAGGUAAUAAAUGGUACAAUAGUACUGAAUUUUGAACAUAGUAUAGUUGAGCAAGGUCUGCGAGAGUUUCCUUCAAGGCCAGAGACUCAACCCUUUGAUGAAUGGAUGGAGAAUCCAUUGGUGCUUCACCUCUUGGCCUACUGUAUCAAAAAAGAUGUUCCUCACCUUGAUGUAUCUAUAAAAAGAUAGAAUGACUUUACCAUAUGGGAAGUUAUGUAUAAAUGUUUUAUAUAUAUAUAUAUAUAUAAGUUGUU